AUGGCCGGGCCGGCUGGCGCAUGCGCGCACGGUCCCGGGCCCGGGCCACACCCUGCGCCGGCCUCCCUCGCAGCCGCACCGAAGAAGGUCCGGGUCCUGCUGCGGCAUGUCUUCCCGGAGCACGAGCCGCUGCUCGGUCGGUCGGUGGGCUUCACGGUGAAGGCGGUGGAGAAUCCGGUGCACUACCUGCGCGUUCUCGAGGCGCUGGAGCGCUUUGCCCAGGGGGACGAGCUGGACGACAGCAUCACCAAGCACUUGCUGGGACGCAAACUGGUGGCCAGGAACGAGGAUGCGGAAGAAUGGUGGCCGAGCAUGUGGAGUGGUUUCCAGCCUCUGCACAUGGCCGAUGACUUCCACGCGCCGGGCAUCAGCCGGCCCAACGCCUCCCAGCUGCGGGUCAUGCAGGCGGCCGUCGGGCAGCCCUUCAGCCUGAUCCAGGGCCCGCCGGGCACCGGCAAGACGGCCACCAUCGCCAACCUGGUGUACUUCUUCCGGUCCGAGGGCCUGCGGGUGCUGCUGUCGGCCCCGUCGAAUGUGGCCGUGUCCAACCUCUGCGGCCGGGUGUCGGCCUCCGGGCUGGACGUCCUGUGGAUGGAGAGCGAAGCGCGGGAGUUUGUCAGCUCCCCGUACAAGCACCUGACCUUCCUGGAGAAGGCCAAGGCGGCCUUCCCCAAGGCCCGGGCCAUUCUGGCCAACCGGCAGCGGCCCUCGUACCACGAAGACAGCAAGGAAACAUACGCGGAUACCAAGUACCUCCAGCAGCUGCGGGAGUAUUACCUCCGGAAUGCCGCCAUCGUGGCGGCCACCCUCUCCUCGUCGGCCGCCUUCGCGAACAAGUACGACGUGGUCAUCAUCGAUGAGGCCACCCAGUCGACCGACCCGGAGGCGCUGGUGGCCCUGCUGCACGGGCCCUCGCGGGUCAUCAUGGUGGGCGACCACAUGCAGCUGGGCCCGGUGGUCAUGAGCGACCAGGCCGUGGCGGCCGGGCUGAACCGGUCGCUCUUCGAGCGGCUCAUCCGCAUGGGGGGCAAGCCCCUGCGCCUGGACAUCCAGUACCGCAUGCACCCGGCCAUCUCGGCCUUCCCGGCGGCGACCUUCUACGAGGGGACCCUGCAGGACGGGGUGACGGCGGCGGAGCGCCACAAGCCGGGGCUGAAGUUCUCCUGGCCCGACCCGCGCAAGCCGCUGAUGUUCUACGCGGACACCGGCACCGAGACCACUUCCUGGUCGAAGGUGUCCUUCCUGAACCGGUCCGAGGCCCGGAAGGUGAUCCAGGUGCUGGGACUCUUCCUGCAGCAGGGCAUCAAGCCGGAGGACAUCGGCGUCAUUUCGCCGUACGAUGCCCAGUGCCAGUACAUCCGCGAGGCCCUCGCCCAGCAGGACACCCAGCUGGCCCGGGCCUGCAAGCAGGUGGACGUGGCCAGCGUCGACUCCUUCCAGGGGUCCGAGCGGGACAUUAUCAUCCUGUCGACCGUGCGCAGCCGGAGCGUGGGCUUCCUGUCGGACGCGCGCCGGCUGAACGUGGCCAUCACGCGCGCGCGCUUCGGCCUGGUCAUCGUCGGCAAUGUCGGCCUGCUGAGCCGGGUGCGCCAGCUGGCUCGGGCUUGGGCAUGGGCAUGGGGGGGAUGUGCUUGUUCGCUGGUCGAGUUCUGA